AGAAGAAGAAGAACAACAACAACAACAUGGCCACCAUGCGUGCAAUUGACAUCAAAGACGGCAAAGGCCCAAUCUCCAACCUCUACAUGAACGACCAAACCCCAAUACCCACCCCCACGGCCUCCCAAGCCCUCAUCAAAAUCAAAGCCUUUGGCCUAAACCGCAUGGAUCUCCUCCAACGCGAAGGUCACUACCCCCUCCCCCCCCAAGCCCCCUCAACACUGGGUGUAGAAUUCUCCGGCCAAAUCCACAGCGUCUCCCCCUCCAACCGCGAAGGUUUCGCGCCCGGCGACGCCGUCUUCGGUCUGGCUUAUGGCGGCGCUUACGCCGAAUACAUUGCCGUUUCGACGCACAUGUUGAUUCGCAAACCUGAGCAUUUGAGUUGGGAGGAAUGUGCGGGGAUUCCUGAGACGUGGAUGACGGCUACGCAGGCUAUGUAUCUCAUUGGAGAUUUUUCAGAAAAACAGUCUCCGACGAUCUUGUGGCAUGCGGGAGCUAGUGCGGUGUCCAUUGCAGGGAUUCAACUCAGUCGAAUGAAUGGCGCAUCGCAGAUUUUUGCGACGGCGCGCUCGGAUGAGAAGUGUCGGUUUUGUGUGGAGGAAUUAGGUGCGACUGCGGCUUUUAAUACUACCACUUCAACAACAAAAGAAAAAGGAGAAGGAAAAGAAGAAGAAGAAGAGCAUUGGGUCGAUUCCAUCAAAAAAGCUACAGGAGGAAAAGGCGUCGACAUCAUCAUUGAUUUCAUCGGUCCAGGGACUUUUGCAGCAAAUUUGGAAGUUGCGGCUAAAGAUGGCCGGAUUGUCAAUUUGGCUACUUUGGGGGGAUUAUAUCUUCCACCUUCUUCUCCCUCCCACUCUUCAUCAUCAUCAUCAGAAGGAGGAAAAGGAGGGAAUAAAUAUCAAACCCCCAAUUUCGGAACCUUCGUAGCAAAACGCCUUCGAUACGAAGGAAGUAGUUUACGCAGUCGAGAUGAAGCCUAUCAGGGCCGAUUGCGAGAUUCCGUGGUGGAGCAUGCGUUGCCCAUGUUUGCAGAGGGGAAAUUGAAAGUUUUUGUGGAAAAGGUGUUUUCGUGGAAGGAUAUUCGAGAGGCGCAUAAGCAGAUGGAGAAGAAUUUGACAAAGGGGAAAUUGAUUUGUGUGGUUGAUUAGAGUGAGUGGAGGGGGUAGAGAGAAA